CUUGGAUCGCAACCCAUCGUAUCGUUAGAUGUUUUGGGGGUAAAUCUGACAGUUUCGUUUGGUUUACUGAAUUUGGACAGGCGUAAAAGGUUGAAUAGAAUAACAUUUUGCAAUGGCUCUCGCUGAUGCGAUGCUGCGGUCGAUUACUACGUUUUCCAGCAGUCCGACUAUGGAGGAGAAGCAGUCUGCAAUUUUCCAUGUAAGUGUAAUUUUUUCUAUGUAAUUUCUUCAACUGAAAAUUGCUGAACAUUUUUAUGUCAUUGGGACGAUAAAUAUGUAUAGCCUAUUACACAAAUAAAAAUAUACAACUUUUUUGGAAAGAGGCUCUUGACUAAAACAAUGUUUGAAUGCCAAUUUCGUUUUAUUUACAUUAUAGGACUGGAAAGUUGAUGGUUGCCAGACCAGCGCAACAGGUGACGAUUUGAAAUCCCAGAUCGAAGUGGAGUUCAGUAUCGUUGAAUCACCUGCGGUGACCAGAGAUGAAGACGACCUGGGGAAAUUCUUGGAUUUAGAGUUCAUUUUAUCCAACACCAUUGGAUCUGAAAGUGGAACCAACAACAAUAACAAUUUAUCUGCUCAACAGUCGUACUCCUACUCACUGCCUGAGUCCCCGGAAAGCUGCAGCACAGGGCAUGACAGUGACGGCUCUCAACUUACACCCAAUGCUUACGGCAGCAGCAACUUCAACACAAGUCCCGGGCACAGUCUGGUAGCCGAGCUGCUGACCCCCGAGAUGAACUAUCAUAGCGACACACUGCUAGACUACAGCCUGAAACAGCCUGCCACGGACAGGCCGGAGUAUACUGAACUGCGUGCCUUGAACACAGCCACUGACACUGCAGUGCACUUUCAACUGACUAACUCUCAUCCCAUGGGAUAUAAAAUAAAGACAGAAACCACUGAGCAGUCGUGCAUGAUGGCAGGUGACUUCAUGGGACACAUGUAUGAACAGAAACACAUGCGUUCCAUGCACACAGCGUUCGCGCACCAUCAACCUGCUGCUCAGGGGUUUGCAUCUCACGACAUGCAACAGAGUGUGUCCCGAGACGGGAUGGGGCGCAAAGACUGUCACUUGGCAGAGAUGAACUCUCAUCACCAGCAUUCUCACAUUGCACACCCGCAACAGUAUGCGCCAUAUCCACCACAGUACGCCCAUCACCAAGGUGCGCAACAGUACGGGAUGUUCAGAGAGCCCAUGCGAGUGCGCCAUCCGUCCAUGUCGGGGGUAAUAUUGACACCACCAUCAUCACCACUUUUGGAGUUCUACGCACCAGAAGAUAGCAAACCCAAACGGGGCCGCAGGUCUUGGGCGAGAAAACGCACCGCGACGCACAGCUGUGAAUUCCCUGGAUGUGGGAAGACUUACACCAAGAGUUCCCACCUAAAGGCUCACAUGCGAACACACACAGGUAAUUCUAUUUUUCAUUUUAGCAUUUUUUGUUGGUAUCUGCUAUCAUGUAGAAAAUGUUAGCCCCGUUUUUCUAAUGAUUUUACCCACAAAAAUGUAGCCUAACUGUAUUUUUCUUGUAAUCCAUAGGCGAGAAACCAUACCAUUGCAAUUGGGAAGGCUGCGGGUGGAAAUUCGCGAGGUCUGACGAGCUGACGCGUCACUAUAGGAAGCACACCGGUCACAGGCCUUUCCAGUGCCACCUGUGCGAGAGGGCAUUCUCGCGCUCCGAUCACCUUGCGCUGCACAUGAAGAGACACAUGUAAACAGAGAAAGUUGGAUCUGACUUUCAACGUUCUAUUUUUGUAUCAUGGCGUUGGACAUGACAUGUAAAUGCUUGUACAUAUUAUCAUUCUCUUCUAAAUUAUGGAAGUACAGUAUUUAAUUAAGGAAAAGUAGAGCCUUUCUUGCUUACUCUUCAAUUUAUGAGUGUUGGUGACUGCUGAUGGUUGCUAUUUUGGCUUUUGAAAUAAAACACUGAACAAGGGCAGGACCCAAUAUGUCUUUACAUACUGUACAUGUUAAUGGCCAUCUAUCACUUAGGCCUACUGCAUCAUUUUGAUACUUCAGGUCAGGGUUUUUCCUUUUUUGUUGCUGUUUACAAGAAACAUCAUUACCUUUUCUAUGGUUUUCUAUAGUUUUUACAAUAAAAUUAUGUACAUUUAAAAACUGAUAGUUUUUUUCUAUUGAAUUGUUUGAAGGCUUACUAUGCUUCUCAAAGUGCUCUUAAAUAAAUCAGGUACUAAACAUUACUUUUCAAUGUUUUAUACAUUUUGUUUAAAUAUAUUAUGCUAAAGUUGUAAGGAAAUAUUGUCAGAAAACUGUACUAUACAUACUUGAAGUUCUGGGCAAAAUAUAUUUUUAAAGUAUAAUUGUAAGGGCAAUGCAUUUUCAUUCCUGGACAACAGCAAAUUGUUUUUUACUCUGUAAGAGCAAUAAGUCUAUUAAUUAUGUUACUUUGAACUGCAUCAAAGCAAAUAUAGUUUUGUAAAAUCACCAAGACAAAGUGUUAAAAGAGCUCUGUGUUUUAUUAAAAUAAAAUUAUGUGG